CCCCCACUCCCAUUCCCACUUCCCAGUUUACCUGCCGUGUCGUAGAACAUACUCCCUCAACACUCGCCUUUUCUCUCUCUAAAACUUCCAGUUUGUCUCCUUUUUUUACUCCAAAAAGUACUAGAGAGAGAAAAUCGAGGGAUCCAUAAUCCAUUUGAAGAGAGAGAAAGAAAGACAACCACCACAACCACCAUAGAUGGAUGACGGAAGCUGCGCCGUGUGCGCGGAGACACUGGAAUGGGUUGCGUACGGGCCGUGCGGACACCGAGAUGUAUGCGCACUGUGCAUCGCUCGCCUUCGAUUUGUCUGUGAUGAUCGCCGUUGCUGCAUUUGCCAGUCUCUAUCUCCUUCCAUCUUCGUCACACGGGCCUUAGGAUCUCUCACGAGGGUAAUAAAUGACUUUUCAAUUCUUCCGGCUGAUGCCAAAGAUGGUAAGGUGGGAUCUUACUGGUAUCAUGAAGAUACACAAGCGUACUUCGAUGAUUUUGAUGAAUUCAAGAUCAUCAAAGCUAUGUGUAGGCUCUCAUGCAGUGUUUGUGACAAGUUGGAGGCAGAAGGGAAAAGAACUACCAAGAGAAGAGGCAAAAUCAAAAGUGUUGAGCAACUCAAAAAUCAUUUAUCCCAUCAACAUGAACUUUGCUUUUGCAGUCUCUGUUUAGAGUACAAGAAGGUAUUCGUAUCUGAGCAGAAGUUAUAUAGUCGAGUGCAGUUAAGACAGCAUAUAAGAUAUGGUGAUUCAGAAGUUGAUGGUAGUGAAAAUGAAAGAUGUGGGUUUUCUGGACAUCCUCUCUGCGAUUUCUGUCAUAGAUCGUUUUAUGGUGAUAAUGAAAUUCACUUCCACAUGUCAACUGAACAUUAUACUUGCCACAUAUGCCAGAGGCUGGAUUCUACUGAAUAUGACUACUACAAGGACUAUAAUGACUUGGAGAACCACUUUGGUGAAGCUCAUUUUCUUUGUGAGGAGGACACAUGCCUUGAGAAGAAGUUUAUUGUUUUUUCGACAGAAGCUGACAUGAAGAGACAUAUUGCUUCGGAGCAUGGUGGAAAAAUGUCUCGUUCAUACAAAACUGCUUUGCAGCUACGGGAAUGCUUUCAUCAUCCGGAAAGGGAGGAAGGUCUCCGUGUAACAGAACACGUUUCAUUUGUUGAGACAUCUAACAUUCAACUCUCUUCUACUAGUUCAGCUAAUGAGGAAAGAACCAACUCCAAUUCACUGCAUGGUGCUAUAUCAGCUGGUGCUACUGCAACUACUGUGCCAUCUUCGGGACAACUUCAGGGAGCAACGUUAGACUUCAGGAGUGUACUUCUAAGUGGUUCUGAAUAUCCUGCACUGCCAGGAUCAUCGAAAAGACGACGCCGUAAAUCCAAAAAGAAGUCAGAGGAAACUGGUACCAAUCACCCUCCUGCAAACAGUUCCUCACAAUUUCAGUCGUCAGAUGCAGGACACUUGUCACAAUCUAGCCCAAUUAUUUCACGGGAAAUCGAACCUUUAGCAGUUGGUCACUUCCCAUCCUCUAGCUCGAUCAACUCUUAUGGCAAUCCUUCUGCUAGUGCAAAUUCAUGGACUGAUAGUAUUGAAGAUGUGGGCCCCUCUUCUUCAGUUCCUAAUCUUAUUGACAUGGGAGCUAAACACCCUUCUGCAUCUGAUAAGAGUAAACUGAUUGGAGAUGACAUUAAGGCUGCUAACAAGUCCUUAGUUGAGAGAAUACGUGCUUCCUUAGAAUACGACAAGGAUAAAUAUGCCGCCUUCAAAAUAAUCUCAAAGGAAUAUCGUGAUUGUGAGAUUGAUGCUGGAGAAUACUUUGCUUAUGUUCAUCAGUUUGGCCUUGCUCAUCUUAUUGGUGACUUGGCUAGACUUUGUCCUGAUCCACGGAAGCAAAAGGAACUCAUGGAAAUUCAUGUCAUCAGUUUGGGAGACAACAUUAAUGGAAAUGGGAUGAGGGAAAGUGGUAAAAGUAAAACAACUGCUGGUAAGCAUUCCAAAAAAGGAAAGGAAAAGUGUGGAGAUUUUGGCCGCACCAUUAAAGGGGAAACCUUGUCAGAUGAUAGCAUUGCAAAUAGUCUCAAGAAACUGAACUUGAAUGCUCAGUUUCAGGAAGAAGAUCCUCCCUUGUCAAAGAUCGUGAAUCCAGUCCACAGAAAAUCCCAGACUUCAGCUGAACUGUCUGAAGAUGUGGUUCAUGUGAAUGGUGGAAGCUCGAACAGUUCUCCAGAAACUGCUGUUACAACAGUAGGCAGAAAGAAGACAAAGAAAAAGUCAAAGUUUCUUAAGACUCGUCUUGGUGAAAGUUCAUUGUCAGAGGUUCCAGAUAUCAACUGUUCUUCUCACUUGGCCUCUGAUCUGUUGGUGGUUCGAUCUAAUCAAGACUCGAUUCUUGCUUCAGUUCGUGGGGUUUGGAGAAAUGACGGGGGUAGGAGAUUGGUGACUAUGAGCCAGGCAUUACCCUCGAAUCGAUGAGCUGUGUCUCCUCUUCUUUGGUGUAUGCCCUCCUCUUCUGUAGUCUGCAUUUUGCAGCACUUACAGAAGUUUUUGAUGAUGACGAUAACUAUGUAAGGAAUGAUGAUGUGGGUUCUUAUUUUUGUUGAAAAGCAUUGAGAGCCGACUUUCCAGAACAGGUAGCUGUAGCUGUAGAGAUGAUAUAAUGUAAUAUGAUAGUCGCCUUAUACCUAGACAAUCACAUCUUACUGGAUUUGUUUAUUGAGUUAUUGUUUAUUUGUAGUA